GCGCUUCUUGCCUUCUUCGUCUUCGUUUGUUCCCUGUGGCCACCCUUCUCUACGCGCCUGUGCUACCUCUUCCCCACUCUGUGCUAACCUAUUUAUGCUGCCAUGGCUCUGAAUCUUUCCCCACGCAAGGUGGUUCCGUUGGCCAGCGGCGACGACCCGCGGCCCCGACUAAGGACAAGGUCGACGCUGCCCAGCCUGACGAAGCGUGUUUUCCUGUGCGGAGUGGUCGUGGAGGGUGCGGGUAAUGGACCAAUUCCGGAAGAUGUGCAAGACAUGCUAGCCUCUUUCGGCGAAUACCUAGAAGCCGAGUCAGAGGCGAACUCUACACCAUCACUAUCUUCAACAAGUGCUGAUACGUUCACUACAGGUACUCGCAAGCUCGCAGCCGCGAACGCUUCGGCUCUCGCCCAAAACAUCAAGGAGCUCCUCACUACCGAACAAUCCUAUGUGGAACGCCUCAGGGCGCUCAAGCGUGACUAUGCCGAUCCUCUGAGGAAAUUCGCACGGAACAAGGAUACCUCUAUUUUGCCGGCAUACGAAGCCAAUACCUUGUUCGGCAACGUUGACAAUCUCCUACCGGUAAACGAGUCCUUCCUAGUAGAUCUUGAACGUAUGGGCACACCCGGGGGACCUGGCGUCGGAGACGUCGCCUUGAAGCACUUCAAGACUUUCCGCGGAUUCGAACAUUACAAGAUGUACUAUUCGAAACGAGAAGAGGCACAGCGUAUCUUUGAGGCUCAAGUCAAGAAAUCCUCCAGCUUUGCAGCCUACAUUGACCGCGUCAAGUAUCAUGGUCCCAAUAACGGCCGGAGCUGUGUUGGGCUGCGUGAGUUGCUCAUGGAGCCCGUGCAGCGCAUCCCUCGGUACACGCUGCUGUUUCGCUUGAUGAUCAAGCAUAUGGCCCCUGACGAUCCGCAGCGAGCGAAGCUCGUAGAGGCGGACAAGAUCGCGUCUCAAAUCGCAUUAGCAGAGACGGACGAGAACACUAAGCGCGCAGAGAGGAUGUUCUGCCUACGGAAUAGUAUCGAAGACUUUCCACCGGCUCUGCUGUCGAACAGUCGCCGCUUCAUUGACUGCAUCGAUGUCGAAGACGUUGCCGAUGCGGGAUUUGGCCCUGGAGGUGAUGCACAGCCCACGACCACGCUGCACUGUACUCUCUUCCUGUUCGAUGACAAGUUGAUGAUCGUCCGGCGACCCAAUGACAAGUGUGGCAGAGCGCUCACCGGCCUUGAUGAUAUGGACAAGCCGACCACGAAGGCGCAUCCCCUCUCGAUGAGGAAGCUGAAGAAGGCUCAGAUGAGCUGCAAGGGUGUUGUGAACGUCAUGGACGUCGUUGCGACAGACGUCGGGGGCAGUGAUAUGCAUAUGUACCUCGAAAACCCUCCUCAUGAUCAAGGCGAUCGUUGGUCUGGUCGUCCAUUCCGUUCGCUGGUUGCUGUACAUCCUCCGUCGAACCAACGCGAUACGAAGCUCACGGAGGAGCGCAAGGCACAGUUUCUAGAGAACCUCUGGAAUGCGCAGGCUUGGUAUAGGACUCGGAAUAGCCUCUCUGUGGUGAUUCAAGCGGAAGAACGAGAGGUCGAGAGCUACGCUGGAAAGAAGACCAUUGCUCGGACGUAUUUUAAUGUCUACACGAGGCCGGGAUAUCUCAGCGAGGACAAGAAGCCCAAGGUUGUUGUGCACAUCGAUCCUUUAGGAUCCGCGGACCGGAUUCCGUUUGGUGGUCGCAGUCCACCUUAUGUUGUCAUCACGGUCCAACCAAUGCCUGGAGCGCUUUCGCGAUAUGAGGUCACCUCUAAUGAUCCCGACGACGAAACGGAGAGCGACAUAGUCCAUAACACUGUUGUCCCUGCAAGGGUCGUACAAACAAUCCACCAAUACGGAUUGUUCAAGUUUAGUACCGGACAAAACUCGAGGCCUUCGACACCCACCGCGACUAGAUCUCGCGCAGCUAUCUUCGGACUCGACGUCAUCUCCCGGAAUCUCUUCAAUUCUCGUCCAGGAUCUGCUACGAACGAUGUCUUCGGUGGAUCGACAAACAGCAGCAGACGCACGAGGACGACCGCCAGCCAUUCGUCCAUGUAUACAGGCUCUAUGUCCACAGCUGGCCACGGUAGUAGCUUGUCCCGCUUCUCACAGGCACCUUCGACCCUGACGGCCGCUACGUCCAUCGAAGACGAACAGUCCUUCAGGGGAUCCAAGAGUAGCAGAAGGUCGCGUUCCCUAUCGCAAUCAAAGAAGCUUGUCAAGAGGCCCAAGUCACCAAGGGUAGACGACUCAGUCAGCGAGCCUGACUCGUCUGUGUCUGAGCGAAGCAACCGGUGGCCAAUUUCGCGAACUCGUAGCGAACCGGCGGAACUUGUAGACGACGAAGACGACGCUGCCAUUCUUCACUGCGCGUUUGCAGACGAAGAGGACCCGGACCUCGAGGGCCAGCUUGAGCUCGCGCAGCUCAAUGGACAGACUCACAGUGAGCAACAUUGGGCGCAUCUCAAGCUAGAUGACCCUAUCGACGAAGACAUUUACGAUGAGCAGCCCAAUGUCACGCGGCCUCUGUCGCGGGCAUCUCGUACUACUCGACAUCUACCAGAUAUUCCUAUGAGCUUGCACGAUCGACGCUCUCCUUCGCCGCGACCUGAAUCCAGCCUAGACACCCGGACGAUUACUCCCGACAUCCACAGGGCUCGCUCCCUAUCAAGACACUCGUCCGAUCGACGACCCCUGGGUCCUCGAUCACCUUCGCCCUUGCCCCCGCGGACGCCGUCGCCCAUGCCUGCGCGAGCGCUAUCCCCUAUUCUGGCUGCUGUCGAUGCUCAUGCCUACAUGCUUGACACGGCGCCUUCUGUCGAUGCUGACUUGGCACACGAAACCACAUUGGUGAAUUCGUCGCAAUCUCCUGGCGCGUCUCCUGGUGGUCCUCUAGUCACCCCUGUCAAACCGCGCAUCCCGCGUAGCAAGCGCCAGCCGUUCGAGCCCACACAGAAUCUGGAGACAACCCCGAAAGCUGAGCGUCAUGCGCUAUCACAGACGACGGUCACGCCAAUAGAGCCUCUGUCAAUCAAGAAGAAGAGCUCGGUGGCAUCGUCCACGCGCAGCUCGCCCUCCCGUUCUCGGCCUACGUCUUCUCAGACUGUCCGUGGCUCGCCAAGGGGCAAACGAAAUGGUGGGUUCAAGUCCUCCCCGGGUAGCCCAGGGCCAGUCAUGCCGCCGUCAAUCGCCCUCCCUGUGUCGAGCGAAGAAAGUGCGCGUUUGAUGAGGCUCGUGGAGACAACGAAAGAGGAUUUGGAAUCCUCUAGACGAGCCGUUAAGCGUAUCCGGCUAGAGACGGAAAGAUUGCGUUAUCUUGCACCUACCGCCGAAUCACCGACACGACAGACGGAUCCCUUCGCUAGAGCUGCGUCGCCGUUUGGUUCGCCUAUCAAGACUCGUAUUCCCCGGUUCCCAGAAUUUAAAGCUGAGUCGAAAGACCGGGAGGCGCGACUGAAGGAGUUGCAGCUAGUGAUCAAUCGCCGUAAGGAGCGCGGAGGCGUACAGUCUUGGCAGAAGCAGGAAGAAGGUUGUUCGCGCUCGCAGACUCCUGCGAGCCCUGGAACGCCGACGAAUGUGCAGGAUAUUGCCGACUCGAUCGACGAUCUUCUUGAACAAGCCGAUCGCGCACUUGAGAAUGCCGUGGCGAACGAGCAGUCCGUCCAGGUCGACGUGGACGAAGUGGUGGCACUGCUGAACCAGAGAACGUCGGAGCUGAUCACAGCCCAGACGCAGCUGAAGAGUACUCGGGUUCAGCUCGAGACAGUCAAGGCGCUCGUUGACCACUCCAGGGACGAGAAGGACUACUUGUUUGAUGCCUUCAACGAUGAACUGCUCAAGAUGUAUGACGACGCGAGCCUCGAUUCAGAAGACGCGUGGUCUGCUAUGACGAAGGACCUUCGAGACACCAAGAAGUCCCAGAAGCUGGCAGCUCAGGAAAAUUCACGUUUGAAGCGACGAAUUGGGGAUUUGGAGAUGCAGCAAGAAGAAUGGGGAGCCCUCUUGAGGGCGCAUGGGCUGAUUCCAUGAUGAUUGGUUCGACUGAGGUCGACAUGCUUGAUAUACUGACGUACACCCUAAGACUCGUUGACUGUAUUAUGUUUCUCUCCCUCUGCCGAUUGAUAUGUAUCAUUGAUUUCGUAGAUCUAUGGGGCCUGGUCACGGUAUGCUAUUGCCUGAAGUGAACUUGUGUUCGCCUGUGGUGCCGCGCGAAAGCUUCGACACGACCUUGGACGCA